GAUGCUUAAGACUUGUUUAGUUUUUAUUUUUCCUUUUCGAUAUCGAUUACAGCAUGGGGCUUGCAGCUGUUCACCCUUAAAGUACACGCACAUCGACAUACACGGUCAUUUGCCGCGUCCACAUCACCUACCUUACAGCGGAAAUCCUGUAUUGGCAUUGUCCUAUUGCUACCUAAUCCAAGGAAAAUGUCUCACAGUACGCAACGAUCUACCUUUCGAGAUGCAAUACGUUUGCGAAGUCGAUUGCAAAUCUGUCCACAUACCACCAUGUCAACCUUGCACGAUUCCCUGCGAGCCUGUUCCUAUACCCUGCACAGCUUCUCCUUGCGGUGGAUGUCUUCCAGAUUCUUGCUAUCCACCCUGUCAACCCUGCCAACCAUGUCAGCCCUGUCAACCAUGUUCUACCUGCCCAGAACCAGUAACAGUCUUAGAACCUAUGUGUCAACCGAAUGUUCAAAGAAAGAACUAAUGACACUUUGCUAUAUAUUUUGUUUUUUUAUAAUAAAAUAUUUCAAAAACUU